GUCACACUACAUAACUAUUGUGCGUUUGAUGUCUAUGUGGACUUCGGUUUUAAAAGCACUUGAAAAUGUGCAUGAUGAUGGAGCUACCGAGGAGCGGGGUAUGGCUUCAAGUUUAAUCAACAAGAUGGAGAAUUAUGAAUUUGUCUUCGUUAUGCAUUUAAUGAUGUAUUUGUUUGGAAUUACUAAUGAGUUGUCUCUUGCCUUGCAACAAAAAGAUCAAAAUAUUGUUUUGGCAAUCAACUUGAUUGGGACAAUGAAAGUUAGAUUGCAAGAAUUCCGAGAUAAUGGGUGGGAGAGUCUUUUAGAAGAAACAAAUACAUUUUGUGAAAAAGUCAACAUCCCGAUCUUAAACAUGGAAGAAGAAGUACUAAUUCGUGGGCGUAGUAGACGAAGCAGAAACACAACCACAAAUUUGAUUCACUUUCGCGGCGGAAUCUUUUGUGAGGUUGUUGACAAGAUGAUUGUGGAGAUGAAUAAUCGUUUUUCAGAGGCAAGUACUGAGUUACUUACUUGUAUUGCAUGUCUUGAUCCAAGAAAUUCUUUCUAUCAAUUUGACAUUGAUAAACUGAUUCAUAUGGCUGAAAUGUAUGCGGAAGACUUUUCUUCUACCGAUCGUUUUAUGCUUAAGCAACAACUUGAGACAUACAUUCAUGCCGUAAAGAGUCAAAGUCAAUUUCAUGCAAUUGAAGAUUUGGGAAGUCUUGCCAAACAAAUGGUUGAAAGUGGCAUGAAUCUUGUGUUUUCUUUGGUAUAUCGUCUUAUUGAGUUGGCGUUAGUUUUACCGGUUGCAACAGCUUCAGUUGAAAGAGUCUUUUCUGGCAUGAAAAUCAUCAAGACUGAUUUACGGAGUAGAAUGGGAGAUGAAUGGAUGAAUGAUAGUUUGGUGAUCUACAUGGAGAAGGAAAUUUUUUCCAAGAUUGAAAAUGAAGCAAUUUUGCAACGUUUUCAAUGUAUGCAAACACGCCGUACGCAAUUGUCUAAAUUGGCUUCUUC